GCCUGGAUUUUGGAUUACUUUGGAGGAAGGAGGAUCACAUCUCAGACCGGAGCGUUAACUCUGUGCUGGACCCGUGCCAGAACUUUCCAGUUCACCACAAGAUACCAGCAAUAUGCCCGUCAUAAAGUACCCGAGGCUUAGAGACCCUCUCUUUUAUGAAUGGGACAGGAAAGCCCAGAAAUGUGGAUUAAGACACACAAUUUAUGCUGUAAAUGGGGAUCAGUAUACUGGAGAAUGGCUGGACAACUUGAGACAUGGCAAAGGCACCCAGAUUUGGAAGAGCACAGGAGCAAUUUACAGCGGUGACUGGAAGUUUGGGAAGAGGGACGGUUAUGGCGCAUACAGCAUUCUUGACCCAGAGACCAAGGAAUACAAGAGGGUGUACACAGGCUGGUGGGAAAAUGACAGAAGAUGUGGCCGGGGGACGUUCUUUUACCCCAACGGGGAGCUCUACGAGGGCGAGUGGAGCAACGGCGUGCGGAGCGGCUGGGGAAAGAUGCACUACAAGGACGGCUCCACCUACGAGGGGCACUGGCUGAUGGAUCAGCCCAACGGGCUGGGCCUGCUGCAGCUCCCAAAUGGAAAUCGGUACGAUGGAGGUUGGAAAGAUGGCAAGAAGCAUGGCCCAGGGAAAUUCUUCUACCCAGAUAAGGGACAGCUGCUAGAAGGCAUCUGGGUAGCAGAUAUACCAAAGUGUGGAGUUCUGGUUGAAUUUGGCAGAGAAGAGGCUCCAGCCCCUCCUGAGCUUCCACUCCCAGAGAUUAAACUACAAGAUCCAGCUGGUGUUUUAGCAGAGGCCCAGGCAAUGUUUGAUGACAGCUAUAAUGAAUAACCAGAUGCUGAAGAAAAAAAAAAAAAGAAAAAUUCAAGAACACGAUCCUGGGUUAUUUAUUCCUUGGAGUGUCAAACCCACCCCGUGGUUUUGGUGUUGCAGUCUCAGCCUCACCCUUCCCUCAAGGCUGCUCAGGUACACUUCCCUCUGCAGUGCCUUUGCCCAGUAGCCUCCUCCCACCCGUUAGUUUGGAAAAGAAAGGGAAAAUAAUAAUGGGGAAAACCCAAAAGACAAACACCAAAAGGAUGGAAGAGAGGCAGAGUGACUCUUUGCUCAGCUCCUCUUAUUCCUCCUGCUAAGAAAUCACACUCCUGGUGAUUUCAAGGCCUUUGUUUUAGAGAAGGAGGGUUUUAAAAGCAUAUAAAAAAGUACAAUCAAGUAAUUGUGUUCUCCACUCCCCCCAAACAUAGCCCAAUACACACCUGUGACCCCAAAUGCCUUUUGAAGUUACAACAGAUCAUGUUUCAAUUAAUAAGUAUAUUUCAGGCCUCUAGAUAAAAAAUAAUCCACAACAAUUGAGUAUAUUUUAUUUCAUGAAAGUAUUUUAUACCCAAAUAAGUGACAUACAAUAACCAAUGUUUAAAAUUAUUGAGGUAAAUGCCUAACACCAUAGUUAGUAUAAAUAAGGGAUAAAAAAUUUUAAGUGCACUCAAUGUUUAGAUCCAUUUGUUUGUGUCUGGUUACUGCCUGGGUACACAGUGACAAAGGUACCCAAGGUGUAACUUUCAUGACCAUUUCCACAGGUGGAAAACGACAAAAACAUACUUGAUAUCAUGGCUUAAAGUGCAGAAAAUAGUCAGAAAAUUAGCUGUAAUAACAGUGCCAUUAGCUCAGAGCCUACCAGCUUGAGAAAACUAAAAAUAACCAUGUCCCACUAGCUUCUAAUUCUGUGUGUCUUGAACAACAAGAAAAUCCCACAUUUCUUAGUCACUUUGUAAAAGAUCCACAAAUCAAAGAAAAAUGCAGCUACUUAUCCAGAACAGCAAGGAAUUUUACAAAAUAAAUUCAGAAAACUGAUUUUCUGGACUUCCAUUUAGAACCAUAUAACUUCUAAAUACAAAAUUUACAGAAAGAAGUACAAUUUUUACACCUGACCACACCCUUCCAAUCAGUUGCUCUGGUGUGAAUACCAGGUCAGGUUUUCUUCAUUUAGUGGGGGAUUUUAGGGGCCUGUUUUCCCUGACAGAACUGAUAAAGUUCUGUCUUGAAUGGGAAAAUACAUUUUGUGAUUUGAAAUGCUGCUUCCUUAUUGCCUUUACUAAAGCAAUGCUUCCAGUGCUCCAUGAACAAACACCUGUGAGUCUGUAGCUACAAUCCUCACCAUCAGAUUUACAUCAGGAUUACAAUAUAUUUGGAGCAUGUCAUGGCAGAGCUGAGAAAAUCCAGUUUGGCCUCUGUAUGCCAGGACUUUCACUACACAGGUGAGAACACCACAUGGAAAGCUGUUUGCUGCUUGUGAACCACAACUGCUGCUGAAAAAAA